UUGUAGCAAAUUUAUAGUGAUUAUUUACUCUAUGCUUUAGCAGAAUUAUAAAAAAGAAAAUGUUUUUCUAUAUUUAAUUAUAUUUUUUUUUAUCUUUUCAUGGUGAAAAUAUUUUAGAAAAUGACUGAUAUUAAUAGUUUAUUUGAAUGUUUUGAAGAGCCAGUACAGAAUGAAGCUCCUGUUCACUUUCCGAAUAUUAACUACUCCAAGGACAAAUCAGAUUUAACUCAUGACUCCCCAUCGUCAACAAAUAAACGGCCACACGAAGAAGUGGAGUAUGCAGAUACAUCUCAGGCAAAAAAACCCAAACAUGAGGAGGAUGAAUCGGAGCUGACUAGCGACAUUAACUUAGAACUACUCAGUUCCCGUAUAGUUAUACACACUUUAGAGACACAUGAAGGCUGUACACAUGAAGUGGCUAUACCUCCCAACCAUGAAUAUGCACCACUUACACCCCUUACAUCUGAACCUGCCAAGCAGUAUAGUUUCAUAUUGGAUCCAUUUCAGAAGGAAGCCAUAUUAUGCAUAGACAAUUUGCAAUCUGUAUUAGUUUCUGCUCAUACUUCAGCUGGUAAAACUGUGGUUGCGGAGUAUGCAAUUGCACUUUCACUGAAGAACAAGCAAAGAGUGAUAUACACAACUCCAAUUAAGGCACUUUCCAAUCAGAAAUACAGAGAGUUCUCAGAAGAAUUCCAUGAUGUAGGACUCAUCACUGGAGAUGUAACCAUUAAUCCUUCAGCUUCUUGUCUUAUUAUGACCACUGAGAUUCUAAGGAACAUGUUGUACAGAGGAUCAGAGAUAAUGCGUGAGGUGGGAUGGGUUAUUUUUGACGAAAUUCACUAUAUGAGAGACAAAGAGAGAGGAGUUGUUUGGGAAGAAACAUUAAUUCUGCUACCAGACAAUGUACAUUAUGUGUUCCUCUCUGCAACCAUACCCAAUGCAAGGCAGUUUGCCGAGUGGGUGUGUCGUCUACAUUCACAACCAUGCCACGUCGUGUAUACAGAGUACCGACCAACGCCACUGCAGCACUACAUCUUCCCAGCAGGUGGUGAUGGUAUCCACCUUGUUGUGGAUGAAAAGGGUCAAUUUAAAGAAGACAACUUUAAUACAGCGAUGGCCGUCCUCAGUAAUGCUGGUGAUGCAGGUAAAGGAGACCAGCGUGGGCGACGAGGCGGCCCACGCGGGGGCAAUCAGACAAACAUCUUCAAUAUAGUUAAGAUGAUUAUGGAACGGAACUUUGCCCCAGUGAUUAUAUUCAGUUUCAGUAAGAAAGACUGUGAAGCAUAUGCUAUGCAGAUGGCCAAGUUGGACUUUAAUACAAUCGAAGAGAAGAAGUUAGUGGACGAAGUGUUCAACAACGCUAUGGACGUGCUGUCUGAGGAGGACCGCAAGUUGCCACAAGUAGAGAAUGUGAUCCCGCUGUUACGACGCGGUAUCGGCAUCCACCACGGCGGCUUGCUGCCCAUACUCAAAGAAACUAUCGAGAUAUUGUUCGGAUUGGGACUUAUUAAGGCACUGUUCGCUACAGAAACAUUUGCUAUGGGGUUGAAUAUGCCAGCUAGAACAGUCGUUUUCACAUCAUGCCAAAAAUUUGAUGGGAAGGACUUCAGAUUCCUAUCGUCAGGCGAGUAUAUCCAAAUGUCAGGUCGCGCCGGCCGGCGAGGUCUUGACGAUAAGGGUAUUGUGAUCCUGAUGAUCGACCAGAAGGUGACACCCACUGUCGUCAAAGACAUGGUCCAAGGCAAGGCGGACCCCAUCAAUUCUGCCUUUCACCUUACAUAUAACAUGGUCCUGAAUCUGUUACGAGUGGAAGAAAUCAACCCAGAGUACAUGCUGGAAAGAAGUUUCUUCCAGUUUCAAAAUCAAGCUGCAAUUCCUGAUCUGAUAGACAAGGUGAAAACUAAGGAAAAGGAGUACAAAGCGUUGACGGUAGACCAAGAGCACUCGAUAGCAGCCUACUGCAGCAUCAGGUCACAGCUUGAUCUACUCGGCGCGCAGUUCCGGUCGUUCAUUACUCGGCCUGAGUAUUUGAAACCUUUCCUGCAGCCAGGACGACUGGUUAAGGUUAAAACAGAAAAGUACGAGUACGAUUGGGGCAUCAUAGUGAACUUCAGGCAUCGAACACAAAAGGGCAAGAGGGGCCAGGAAGAAAACCCCCUGACAGCCGAGGCGGUUAUCGUCGUCGACAUAUUGCUGCACGUCAAGAAGGCCGACGAGAACGAUCCGGAUACCAACAUGCCCUGUCCUCCGGGAGAGGCUGGAAACAUAGAAGUGGUACCAGUUCUUCAUACCCUGAUCUACCAGAUCAGCUCACUUCGCGUCCACUAUCCAAAGGACCUGCGACCCUCUGACAGCCGGAAGUCCGUUCUGAAGACUAUUGGGGAGGUCAAAAAGCGCUUCCCUGAGGGGCCACCUCUUUUGAACCCGAUAAAGGACAUGAAGAUUGAAGACAAGGUGUUCAAAGAGUGUGUUGAUAGGAUUAAACAACUAGAGGAAAGACUGUAUGCACAUCCUCUACACAAUGACAAGAACCGCGGUGCUCUCACCGCUGCGUACGAUAAGAAACAGGAACUGUACGAAGAACUGAACCAAGCGAAGGCGGAGUUGAAGAAAGCGAAGAGCAUAUUGCACAUGGACGAGCUGAAGAAACGCAAGCGAGUGUUGCGGCGGCUCGGGUACUGCACGGCCGCUGACGUCAUAGAGAUGAAGGGACGCAUCGCUUGUGAACUAAGCAGUGCGGAUGAGCUGCUAUUAACCGAGCUGAUCUUCAACGGAGUGUUCAACACGCUGACGGCGCAGCAGAGCGCGGCGCUGGUGAGCUGCUUCGUGUGUGAUGAGAACUCCUCGCAAUCCUCUGCUAGCGGAGAGGAACUUCGGGGUGUGUUGCGCCAGCUACAGGAGUACGCCCGUCGUAUAGCAAAAGUGUCGAUCGAUGCCAGGAUGGACCUCGACGAGGACGAGUACGUGAGCAAGUUCAAGUGCACGCUGAUGGACGUUGUGCUCGCGUGGGCCAAGGGCGCCACCUUCUUGCAGAUCUGCAAGAUGACCGACGUCUUCGAAGGUUCUAUAAUCAGAUGCAUGCGGCGUCUGGAAGAAGUGCUGAGGCAGCUGUGUCAAGCAGCCAAGAACAUCGGCAACACAGAUCUCGAAAAUAAGUUUAGUGAAGCGAUCAAACUACUCAAGCGUGACAUAGUGUUCGCCGCCAGUCUUUAUAUGUAACAAAACUAAUGUAUUCUUUUAAAUACAUACAUUUUAUUUA